GGCAUCAUCGGAAGAGAUUCCUUCUGAAGUAAACAUGGGCGGCAAGGGCUACUCUCUGGCCUUCGAUCCCUUGGAUGGGUCUAGUAUCAUCGAUAGCAACUUCACCGUGGCGACUAUAUGGGGAUGUUGGCCUGGUUCAACGCUGGUGGGUGUAGAUGGACGGUCCAUGACCUCCGCAGGUGUCACUCUGUAUGGGCCUCGUACCACCAUGACCCUGGCUGUCAGUGAGGCAGAGCACAGCCACGAGUUCCUGCUGACCGAGAAGGGCUGGGAAAGAGUUAAUACCUACAGCGUGAUUGGGGAGGGCAAACUGCAUGCGCCCGGGAAUCUCAGGGCGAUCAAAGACAAUGCCGGAUACGCUGAGCUAGUUCAGUACUGGCAGGAUAACACAUACCAGCUGAGAUAUACCGGUGGAAUGGCUCCCGAUGUGCUCCAGCUGCUUGUAAAGAAAAAGGGAAUCUUUACGAAUCCGCAUUCCAAAUCGGCGCCCGCGAAACUUCGAUGUCUGUACGAAACGAUCCCCAUCGCAUUCAUUGUGGAGAAGGCGGGGGGCGGUAGCAGCGAUGGCGAAGGUUCGAUACUCGACGUGAAGGUGACGAAUCUUGAACAGAAAAUGCAGGUGGCCUACGGAAAUAAGAAGGAGGUGGAGCGAUUCGAACGGAUGGUUGGAGUCAAGUAUGUCUGAGACCGCGCAUGUAAGGGCUGACACAGUAAUAAUAAUAUAGUUUCGCUAAUAGUUAUAAAUAACUCUGUAGGAGUAACUUAAAUAUUUGAUUGACUCCUAGCGACUCAUACAACUUAUUGCAUACCAC